UCCUCCCGCCGCGGAUGACGCUACCUCUCUACCUACCUUGAGUAGAUGUUGGUGUACACGCCGGGACAGAGAAAACUUUACAUUUCCCUCCAAAUUGUCGUGUUCCUGCCAAUACUGUGAGGCCACAACGUGAGGCAAGGGAGAGGAGAGAUCAACACGGUAAAUAUCAAAGCGUUAUGGCAGAAUAGUAGUGUUUAUGAUCUGACAGACACCGCCUCCAUCACAGCUGGGGUAGAGAAAACUACAUUUCCCUCUAAAUUGUCGUGUUCCUGCCAAUACUGUGAGGCCACAACGUGAGGCAAGGGAGAGGAGAGAUCAACAAUACUGCACACCAAGGCAACACGCAAUGGUCGGUGGGGGGCGGGACUACAGUGCCCGCCUGCAGUCCAAUGUUCACCUUGGCCUGGCCACUCCUGAAGAUGCGGAGGAGACGGUGACGGUGCGCGGCGACUACCUCUACUACCACUACGGAUGUGACGGCUUCGAUGACAGGGGGUGGGGAUGUGGCUACCGUACCCUCAUGACUCUGUGCUCGUGGGUGAGAGGGCAGAGGGAAGGCCAACAGGGAGGAGCGCCGUCACCCCUACCCGUGCCUUCAAACACACGCAUUCAGGAGCUGUUAGUGGAGAUGGGAGACAAGGAGACCAGCUUCAUUGGUUCAAGACAGUGGAUUGGCAGUGUUGAGGUUUCAUACAUUCUGGACAGCCUUUAUGAUGUUCCCUGCAAGAUUCUUCACAUGGGCCAAGGGAAGGACAUCAAGGCGCAGCUGGGGGCCCUGCAGGAACACUUCAGAGUAAAGGGCGCCCCUGUGAUGAUGGGUGGCGAAACGGACGUGUCUUCCAAGGGCGUGAUGGGUGUCUGCAGGGGCGCCUCGGAAAGUUAUCUGCUAGUGGUGGAUCCACAUUUCUGGGGCGAGGUGCGGGAAGUGGAGGCGCUGCAGGGAAGUGGAUGGGUCAAGUGGCAACCGCUGAGUGACUUCCACCAAUCCACCUUUUAUAACAUGUGUUUGCCUCAGCUGUCCGCCACACGAGACUGAUUAAAGAGUGUUGCCUUUGUGUUGCUGAUUUGUUGACUUG